AUGACAAGUCAGAGAUAUCGACAGGCAGCCGUGCAAACCUAAAGCAUGCUUUGGAUUUAGCAAUAAUUUUUGGAGUAGGCCUAAAUAUACACAGAGCAACAGAUUCGAGAGUUUAUGCCUGUGGAAUCCACAUGACAAGAGGCGCGCGCGAACAAGAACAAGAUCAGCGUCUUUGCAGCGUUCCACUGUCAGGACGAUAGUCGUCUCUUUAUCAAAGUUUAUUUUUUUCUGCGCACAAUUUAAUGGCCCUUACUAUGUGUGUGACAUUUGUUAGAGGCAUGCUUGAAAGCUCGAGCAAGUAUUUUAGUUGAAAAAGCCUACUUACAUCUACAAAAAUAGAACGAUAGCUUCCCAAGUCAGAGCAAAAAAAUAUGGAUACUUGCUUAAGACGUCUGAAGCAGGAACUGCUGUCUAUGAAGGAGGCAGGAGAUGGCCUCCAUGCUCAGAUGAACUCCAUGAUGGGGGCUCUUCAGGAACUCAAGCUUCUACAGGUACAGACAGCGCUGGAGCAGCUAGACAUCUCAGGGAGGUCUGUCCAAAGAGCGGCCCCACCACCAGCAGAGGACACAUGCCCUGGCCCUAUCCCCAGCCCCAAUUGUACCAUUGGCCCUGGCCACAAUGAGACCCCCAGGUCCCCCCUGGUCAGGACAACCAGCCAGGAGCAGCAGCAGAGCCGGGUGGGGUACCAGAGCAGCCUGGGCACCUCAACCUCUUCCUCCAGCCUGGAGACAGUGGAGACUGAGAGUGAGAGCCAGCCUCUCCCUUUCCCCUGCCGUGUGUCUGGAUACACCGCCCCACAGGUGGAGUACUGCGGCCCACGUCUUAGCCAAGUGUUUCCAGAGCAGCAUCAGCCAGGUCACCCAGCCCAGGUGGUGGAUCUUUCUGGCAUCCUCUACAGCCUGUCCAAGGAAGGCCCCUCGCUGGACAGCAACUACUCCCAGGACAGCAUGGACGACUCCAGAGACUGGACCUCCUCGCUCAUGAGCCACAGCCGCAACCGGCAGCCCCUGGUGCUGGGGGACAACGUUUUUGCCGACCUGGUGGGCAACUGGCUGGACCUGCCUGAGCUGGAGAAGGAGGAGAUGAUUGGGGGUGUUGGUGUGGGGGCGGACGGAGCCGACAGGCCCGACUCCCCGGCCCACCCUCUCCGUCUCAGCCGCUCCCAGGAGAUCUGCAGGAAGGUCUCUCUGACCACCAACAUCUUCAAGAAGUUCCUGCGCAGUGUGAGGCCGGACAGGGACAAGCUCCUUAAGGAGAGGCCUGGCUGGAUGGUCCCCGAGAACCAGGAGGCUGAGCUCUUCAAGAGGCCCAAGAAAGUGUCCAAGCAGCAGAGCAAGGGGAGCUUCUACCUCCCGUUCUGGGCAGGUGUAGGGCAUCAGCAGCAGGGUAAGGGACCGCCAUGUCCCCAGCUAGCUGAGGAGAGACACAGCAGGAGCCAGAGCCAGGGCCAGUUCUCAGGGCUUUACAUAGACAGGAGACAAGAGUGGAGACAGGAGGCCAGAGUGGAGAAAAUGCUGCCCUUGUUUGACUACAACACGGCUGUGUGGGUCUGAUGCUGACGCUGCUCCAGGAUGCUGCGGUGGUGGCAGGUGUUGAGGAUUUGGCUGGGAGCUCUGGGGUGGAAACAAGGAGGUUUGUGUGUCUGUCUGUCUCCUUCUCCCAAAGAACAGGCAGACUGAGGGAUGAAUAUCCAGACUAUUUCCCAAUGGAGAGAUUAUCAGGGCAACUGUUUGUCUGACAAUCCUAAGACCUUUUUGUCUGUGACUGUGAGAGCAAGCAGGACUUCCUCUUAUAGAUGGGUUCACCAAAGUUAAUAUGAUUCUAAUGAGUGCAUAAGUGCCCUGGACUAUACAAUAGACGGUACUUAAAGAUGGACAAAAUAAUGCUCCGGAUUUCUCUUGAGUUGUUACAGCAUCAUCAUGGUUUCAAACCUCAACCCUGUUUCAUAUGUUUGAAUUCUACGGUAUACCCAAGUGUAUCCCCACCCUUAUGUCUCAUCUCGUACUUCUAUCAGAUGUGACACGUCCUGCAUGGGCACUACUAAAUGUUUUAUCUAUGACAUUGUGAAACAGUCACUGAACUGCCACUAAACACGACCACAGGUGCUUCUCUGCCUCGCUGCCCAGAGUCAGACGGCUGGAUGAAUACAUACAGAGUGUAAUAUUGGUCCAUCAGCCUCACUCAGGGAUCGGGAUGUGGCCUGUGUGACCGACUGGGUUCAAACCUGGAUCUCCUGUGCACCACAAGACUGUUAGCCCACUGAGGUAAAGCCUCCGUAUUAGCUUGGGGAGCUAACUCAGGUCUCAGGCAAGGUUGCUCAUCACAUGGGUCCUUGGUUCCGAACCACCUCUGUUACACCUUCACCACCCACCUACACACACACAGGAUAGGUUUAAAGGCCCAGUGCAGUCAAAAAACAGAUUAUCCUGUGUUUUAUAUACAUUUCCACACUAUGAGGUUGUGAAAAUUAUGAUAAUGCCCUUUUAGUGUAAGAGCUGUUUGAAUAGACAUGUAGACAUGAUGGCAUAUCUUGACUCUACAGCCAAUCCUCCUGGGUAGUGUAUUAUACAUGGCAGAGAGAGAGGGAGAGAGAGCUGUGUGCCAUCUGGUUGCCUACAGUUACAUAAGGACAAGCCAGCAGCACAGACAAGAGGUGCAGUCAUUCAGCGUAGGCUGUCAAGCGUUUUGAAACCAACCCUAAGCUGUGACGUUACAUGUAUAUGUAAUAUGAAUGUAAUUCCAAACAGGGCCUGGAGAGUUCAAGUAGAAAGCAGAGAACUGAGGAGGAGAACGUUUACAGGAAAUCCUUCCACAUGUACAUACAGGACUAAAUGUCAUGAUGUCAAAUAGAUUUGUUAAAGGUCCAAUGCAGCCGUUUUUGUAUCAAAUAAUUUCUGGGUAACAAUUAAGUAACUUACUGUGAUUGU